CCAAUGGCGCAGAUACCAGGGGAAGUGGACAAUAUGGAUGGCCUGCCUGCCCCUAACAACAACAAUCCUGCCACUCGCUGGGAGAGUCCGGAUCAUCGGGGCUGGGAGAGGGAGCAGCCGGCCGCCUCCUCUGCAGCUGCCUCGCUCUUUGAGUGCUCCCGGAUCAAGGCCUUGGCAGAUGAACGGGAGGCUGUGCAGAAGAAAACCUUCACCAAAUGGGUGAACUCGCACCUUGCCCGCGUGGGCUGCCACAUCGGGGACCUCUAUGCGGACCUCCGGGACGGCUUCGUGCUCACGCGCCUUCUGGAAGUGCUGUCCGGAGAGCAGCUGCCCAGGCCCACUCGCGGCCGCAUGAGGAUCCACUCGCUGGAGAACGUGGACAAGGCGCUGCAGUUCCUGAAGGAGCAGCGCGUGCACCUGGAGAACGUGGGAUCGCAUGACAUAGUGGAUGGAAAUCACCGGCUGACGCUGGGUUUGGUCUGGACCAUUAUCCUGCGCUUCCAGAUUCAAGUCAUUAAAAUUGAGACUGAGGACAACAGAGAGACGCGCUCAGCCAAGGAUGCUCUGCUCUUAUGGUGUCAGAUGAAGACAGCUGGUUACCCUGAGGUAAACAUUCAGAACUUCACCACCAGCUGGCGGGAUGGCUUGGCCUUCAAUGCCCUCAUUCACCGGCACAGGCCUGAUCUUGUGGACUUCAGCAAACUCACCAAGUCCAAUGCCAACUACAACCUGCAGAGAGCAUUCCGCACAGCUGAGCAGCACCUGGGGCUGGCACGUCUGCUGGACCCUGAAGAUGUGAACAUGGAGGCUCCAGAUGAGAAGUCCAUCAUUACCUAUGUGGUCUCUUUCUAUCACUAUUUCUCCAAGAUGAAGGCUCUGGCUGUGGAGGGCAAGCGGAUCGGGAAGGUGCUGGACCAGGUGCUGGAGGUAGGAAAGAUCAUAGAGCGUUAUGAAGAGUUGGCAGCUGAGCUACUGGCCUGGAUCCACCGCACUGUGGGCCUCAUCAGCAACCAGAAGUUUGCCAACUCACUAAGUGGGGUCCAACAGCAGCUUCAGGCUUUCACAGCCUAUUGCACGCUGGAGAAGCCUGUCAAGUUUCAGGAGAAGGGAAACCUGGAGGUGCUGCUUUUCAGCAUCCAAAGCAAACUNNUGGCCUCAGACAGAGAAGUCAGGGCCAUUGAACUUUGGGGAAUUAUUAAGAGUCUGACUGCCUCCUCCUGUCUUCUCCAGGCAUGGGGCCAGCUGGAGAAGGCAGAGCAUGAUCGAGAGGCUGCCCUACGGGCUGAACUGAUCCGGCAAGAGAAACUGGAACUACUGGCCCAGAGGUUUGACCACAAGGUGGCUAUGAGGGAGAGCUGGCUGAAUGAGAACCAGCGCCUUGUCUCCCAGGACAACUUUGGGUAUGAGCUGCCAGCAGUGGAGGCAGCCAUGAAGAAACAUGAAGCUAUUGAGGCGGACAUUGCAGCCUAUGAGGAACGGGUACAGGGUGUUGCAGAGCUGGCUCAGGCAUUGGCAGCUGAAGGCUACUAUGAUGCUCGGCGGGUGGCAGCCCAGCGUGACAGCGUCUUGCGCCAGUGGGCCUUACUGACUGGCCUGGUGGGUGCUCGGCGGACACGGCUCGAACAGAACCUGGCCCUGCAGAAAGUCUUCCAGGAGAUGGUGUACAUGGUGGACUGGAUGGAGGAGAUGCAGGCUCAGUUGUUGUCCCGGGAGUGUGGGCAGCACCUGGUGGAGGCAGAUGACCUGUUGCAGAAACAUGGAUUGCUGGAGGGGGACAUCGCAGCCCAGAGUGAGAGGGUAGAGGCACUCAACGCUGCUGCUCUGCGUUUCUCCCAGCUACAGGGCUACCAGCCCUGCGACCCGCAGGUCAUCUGCAACCGCGUGAACCAUGUACACGGCUGUCUGGCGGAGCUGCGGGAGCAGGCAGCUCAGCGGCGCGCAGAGCUGGAGGCCUCGCGGAGCCUGUGGGCGCUGCUGCAGGAGCUGGAGGAAGCGGAAAGCUGGGCACGCGACAAGGAGCGCCUCCUAGAGGCUGCGGGCGGCGGCGGCGCGGCGGGCGCAGCUGGAGCGGCGGGCUCGGCGGGCGGAGCUCAUGACCUGUCCAGCACCGCGCGCCUACUGGCGCAGCACAAGAUCUUGCAAGGCGAGCUGGGCGGGCGGCGGGCGCUGCUGCAGCAGGCUCUGCGGCGCGGUGAGGAGCUGGCUGCGGCCGGCGGCGCCGUGGGCCUGGGCGCCGAGACAGUGCACCUGGCGGGCCUGGCGGAGCGCGCGGCGAGCGCUCGGCGCCGCUGGCAGCGGCUGGAAGAGGCGGCGGCAAGGCGGGAGCGGCGGCUGCAGGAGGCGCGGGCGCUGCACCAGUUUGGCGCUGACCUCGAUGGGCUCCUGGACUGGCUUCGGGAUGCUUACCGCCUGGCAGCCGCCGGCGACUUCGGUCACGACGAAGCAUCCAGCCGCCGCCUGGCUCGCCAGCACCGGGCGCUCACAGGGGAGGUGGAGGCGCAUCGCGGUGCCGUGGGCAGCCUCCGGCGCCAGCUGGCGACGCUGGGAGGUGCCAGUGGGGCUGGGCCGCUGGUGGUGGCGCUGCAGGUGCGUGUGGUGGAGGCUGAGCAGUUAUUUGCCGAGGUGACCGAGGUGGCCGCCCUGAGACGCCAGUGGCUGCGGGACGCCCUCGCUGUAUACCGCAUGUUCGGCGAGGUGCACGCCUGUGAGCUGUGGAUCGGCGAAAAGGAGCAAUGGCUGCUUUCCAUGCGCGUGCCCGAUUCACUGGACGACGUCGAGGUGGUGCAGCACCGAUUUGAGAGCCUGGACCAGGAGAUGAACAGUCUGAUGGGCCGAGUUCUGGAUGUGAACCACACAGUCCAGGAGCUGGUGGAAGGAGGCCACCCCAGUUCAGAUGAGGUGCGCUCUUGCCAGGACCACCUCAACAGCAGGUGGAACCGCAUCGUGGAGUUGGUGGAACAGCGCAAAGAGGAGGUGAGCGCGGUGCUGCUGGUUGAGAACCACGUGCUGGAGGUGGCCGAGGUGCGCGCCCAAGUGCGCGAGAAGCGGCGGGCGGUGGAGAGUGCACCCCGCGCCGGCGGCGCCCUACAGUGGCGCCUUAGCGGUUUAGAGGCCGCUCUGCAGGCUCUGGAACCCCGCCAGGCAGCCCUUCUGGAGGAGGCAUCUCUGCUGGGGGCGCGCUUCCCGGCCCAGGCGGCGCGGCUGCACCAGGGCGCAGAACAGCUGGGCGCGGAGUGGGGCUCUCUAGCCAGCGCGGCUCAAGCCUGCGGCGAGGCGGUGGCGGCGGCUGGGCGCCUGCAGCGCUUCUUACAUGACCUGGACGCUUUCCUGGACUGGCUCGUGCGCGCCCAAGAAGCAGCGGGUGGCAGCCAGGGGCCCCUGCCCAACAGCCUAGAGGAGGCGGACGCGCUGUUGACGCGACACGCGGCGCUCAAGGAGGAGGUGGACCAGCGCGAGGAGGACUAUACACGCAUUGUGGCCGCCAGCGAGGCGCUACUGGCGGCCGACGGCGCAGACCUAGGCCCGGGCCUGGCGCUGGACGAGUGGCUGCCGCACCUCGAGCUUGGCUGGCACAAACUGCUUGGCUUGUGGGAGGCACGCAGGGAGGCACUGGUCCAGGCCCACGUCUACCAGCUUUUCCUGCGCGACCUACGUCAGGCACUCGCGGUGCUGCAUGACCAGGAGAUGGCAUUAUCUGGUGUGGAGCUCCCAAGCACAGUGGAGUCAGUGGAAGAAGCGUUGAAGCAACACCGGGAUUUUCUCACCACCAUGGAGCUGAACCAGCAAAAGAUGCAGGUGGCCAUGCAGGCUGCAGAGGGCCUGCUAAGGCAGGGCAAUGUCUAUGGGGAGCAGGCCCAGGAGGCUGUGACCCGGCUGCUGGAGAAGAGCCAAGAAAAUCAACUACGGGCCCAGCAGUGGAUGCAGAAACUGCACGACCAACUUGGGCUGCAGCACUUCCUCCGAGAUUGCCAAGAGCUGGAUGGCUGGAUCCAUGAGAAGAUGCUGAUGGCGCGGGAUGGCACUCGGGAAGACAGCCACAAGCUGCAUAAGAGAUGGCUCCGGCACCAGGCAUUUAUGGCUGAGCUGGCUCAGAAUAAGGAGUGGCUGGAGAAGAUAGAGAGGGAAGGCCAGCAACUGAUGCAGGAGAAGCCAGAACUGGCAGCCUCUGUGCGGAAGAAGUUGGGUGAGAUCCGGCAGUGCUGGGCAGAACUGGAGAGCACCACCCAGGCCAAGGCACGGCAGCUCUUUGAGGCCAGCAAGGCUGACCAGUUAGUGCAGAGCUUUGCUGAGCUGGACAAGAAGCUCCUUCACAUGGAAAGCCAGCUGCAAGAUGUGGACCCUGGGGGGGACCUGGCCACUGUCAACAGCCAACUCAAGAAGCUACAGUCGAUGGAGUCACAGGUGGAGGAGUGGUACCGCGAGGUGGGAGAAUUGCAAGCGCAGACGGCGGCGCUGCCGCUGGAACCCGCGAGCAAGGAGCUGGUGGGCGAGCGGCAGAACGCGGUGGGUGAGCGGCUGGUGCGCCUGCUCGAGCCGUUGCAGGAGCGCCGCCGCUUGCUGCUCGCCUCCAAGGAGUUGCACCAGGUGGCGCACGACCUAGACGACGAGCUGGCAUGGGUUCAGGAGCGGCUGCCACUGGCCAUGCAGACAGAGCGAGGCAGUGGUUUGCAGGCUGUCCAGCAGCACAUCAAAAAGAACCAGGGUCUGCGGCGGGAGAUCCAGGCGCACGGGCGGCGCCUGGAGGAAGUGCUGGAGCGCGCAGCUGCCCUGGCUUCGCUGCGCAGCCCGGAGGCGGAGGCCGUGCGCUGCGGCCUGGACCAGCUGCAGAGCGCCUGGGCUGGCUUGCGGGACGCAGCUGAGCGGCGGCAGCAGGCACUAGACGCUGCCUUCCAAGUGGAGCAGUACUACUUCGAUGUGGCCGAGGUGGAAGCGUGGCUGGGCGAGCAGGAGCUGCUCAUGAUGAGUGAGGACAAGGGCAAGGAUGAACAGAGCACCCUGCAGCUGCUAAAGAAACACCUGCAGCUGGAGCAGGGCGUGGAGAACUACGAGGAAAGCAUCGCGCAGCUGUCGCGCCAGUGCCGAGCGCUGCUGGAGAUGGGACACCCAGACAGCGAGCAGAUCAGCCGGCGGCAGUCUCAGGUGGACCGCCUGUAUGUGGCGCUCAAGGAGCUGGGUGAGGAGCGCAGGGUGGGCCUGGAGCAGCAGUACUGGCUGUACCAGCUCAGCCGCCAGGUGGACGAGCUGGAGCACUGGAUCGCAGAGAAGGAGGUGGUGGCUGGUUCACCUGAGCUUGGCCAGGACUUCGAGCAUGUCUCGGUGCUGCAGGAGAAAUUCUCAGAGUUUGCCAAUGAGACUGGCACAGCAGGGCGGGAGCGGCUGGCAGCUGUGAACCAGAUGGUGGAUGAGCUGAUCGAGUGCGGCCAUACAGCAGCAGCCACCAUGGCUGAGUGGAAAGAUGGGCUGAAUGAGGCCUGGGCUGAGCUGCUGGAGCUCAUGGGUACACGGGCCCAGCUGCUGGCUGCCUCUCGGGAGCUGCAUAAGUUCUUCAGUGAUGCCCGAGAGCUUCAGGGACAGAUCGAGGAGAAACGGAGGCGGUUGCCCCGCCUGACUGCCCCACCGGAGCCAAGACCCAGUGCCAGCUCCAUGCAGAGAGCCCUGAGAGCCUUUGAGCAUGACCUGCAGCUCCUUGUGUCCCAGGUGCGGCAGCUUCAGGAAGGGGCAGCCCAGCUGCGGACGGUGUAUGCGGGUGAACACGCCGAGACCAUCGCCAGCCGGGAGCAGGAGGUGCUGCAGGGCUGGAAGGAGCUGCUGGCAGCCUGCGAAGAUGCUCGCCUACAUGUCAGCUCCACAGCCGAUGCCCUGCGCUUCCACAGCCAAGCCCGAGACCUGCUGUCUUGGAUGGAUGGUAUCGCCGGCCAGAUCGGGGCAGCUGACAAGCCCAGGGAUGUGUCAUCGGUGGAGGUGCUCAUGAACUACCACCAGGGCCUGAAGACGGAGCUGGAGGCCCGGGCACCUGAGUUGACUGCUUGCCAGGAGCUGGGGCGCUCUCUGCUGCUUAACAAGAGUGCUAUGGCUGAUGAGAUUCAGGCACAGCUGGACAAGCUGGGGACCAGGAAGGAGGAGGUGUCAGACAAAUGGGACCGUCAUUGGGAGUGGCUGCAGCAGAUGUUGGAAGUGCACCAGUUUGCCCAGGAGGCGGUGGUGGCUGAUGCCUGGCUGACAGCCCAAGAGCCUCUGCUGCAGAGCCGGGAGCUGGGCAGCAGUGUGGAUGAGGUGGAGCAGCUUAUCCGGCGACAUGAGGCCUUCCGAAAAGCGGCUGCAGCCUGGGAAGAGAGGUUCAGCUCUCUGCGGCGCCUGACCACGAUCGAGAAACUCAAGGCAGAACAGAGCAAGCAGCCGCCCACCCCGCUGCUGGGGCGCAAGUUCUUUGGGGACCCCACGGAACUGGCAGCCAAGGCGGCGCCCCUGCUGCGGCCAGGGGGAUAUGAACGGGGCUUGGAGCCCCUGGCCCGUCGGGCCUCGGACACGCUGUCGGCGGAGGUGCGGACUCGGGUGGGGUAUGUGCGACAGGAGCUCAAGCCCGAGCGUCUCCAGCCGCGCAUUGAUCGCCUGCCGGAGGUUCCCGGCAGGGUGGAGCCCACCGCUCUGCCGGCCGCACCAGAGGACGCAUCGGAGACCCCAGUGGCUCCCGCGGCGACAGAGCAGGUCCAGCCGCGGCCAGAGCGCCAGGAGUCAGCUGAUCGCGCGGAGGAUCUGCCCAGGAGGCGGCGGCCAGAACGCCAGGAGUCGGCCGACCAAGCUGAGGAGGCUGCGCGGAGGCGGCGGCCUGAGAGGCAGGAGUCCGCGGAGCACGAGGCAACCCACAGCCUUACCUUGGGCCGAUAUGAGCAGAUGGAGCGGCGGCGGGAGAGGCGGGAGCGGCGGUUGGAGCGGCAGGAGUCCAGUGAACAGGAGAUGCCCAUCAGGGGAGACCUAGCCAAGGGGAAGGCUACCCUGGCUGACAUCGUGGAGCAGCUGCAGGAGAAAGAGGCAAGCCCAGGGCUCCCUGUUGGGCCGCCUCUGCCUCAGCCUCGCGAGCUUCCCCCUGGCCGCCUGCCCAACGGGCUUGAGCCGCCCGAUCGGACACCUCGGCCGGACCGGCCGCGGGCGCGGGAUCGGCCCAAGCCGCGACGGCGGCCGCGGCCGCGAGAGGGUGGUGAGGGCGGGGGAAGCAGGCGCUCGCGCUCCGCCCCGGCCCAGGGCAGCUCCGCCCCCGCGCCUCCGCCACCGCCCACUCAUACAGUGCAGCACGAGGGCUUCCUGCUGCGCAAGCGUGAGCUCGACGCUAACCGCAAGUCGUCCAACCGGUCAUGGGUGAGCCUAUACUGUGUGCUCAGCAAAGGGGAGCUGGGCUUCUACAAGGAUUCCAAGGGUCCAGCAUCUGGGAGCACACAUGGUGGAGAGCCACUGCUCAGCCUGCAGAAGGCCACCAGUGAGGUGGCCAGUGACUACAAGAAAAAGAAGCACGUCUUCAAGCUCCAGACCCAGGAUGGCAGUGAGUUUUUGCUCCAGGCUAAAGAUGAGGAGGAGAUGAAUGGCUGGCUGGAGGCUGUGGCCGCCUCAGUGGCUGAACAUGCUGAGAUCGCCCGCUGGGGCCAGACUCUACCUACCACUUCAUCCACAGAUGAGGGCAACCCCAAGAGGGAGGGCGGGGAGCGCAGGGCCAGCGGGCGAAGGAAGUGACUUCUCACCCCCAGGGCCUGACACGUCUCCCUGCCCCUCUUUUCCGAACUGUGGGCACAAAGACACUUUCUUCUGUGGGGGCAGGAGCCCCUAGUUCCAGCACUGCGGACGUGCGCGCCAUGAUGGGCACUGGAAAGGAGGGGACUUCUCCUGCACCCUAAGAAGUGGUGGGGGGAUUGUUGCCCCUAUAGCCAUAUCUCGGCCCCUUCCCGCUCGCCACCCCCCACCCCAGGUGCUGGGGCUCCAUUAUUUUUAUGCAAUAACUGAGCUUGGUGGGGGCGGGCAGGGGGCCAGUUGAGCCAAGGCCCCUGCCCUGAACCACAGAUCCUGCCCCAAGAAGCUGGGGUGGUGGGGGAGAUAAUUCCUGUCCCCGUCUCCACCCUAGGGAUGGGCACGGGGGCGCUGGUGAGGUCCCCUGGACCAUCCAGGGUGCUAGGGGGUAGGGAGGGGACACCCCUCCCCGCCUUUACCUCACUUCCAAUGCUGCCUUGAUCUCUGUCUGGGAGGGGGGAGUGAAGGGGCCCUAGCCCCUGCACUCUGCCGCCUCAGAGCCAUGCGGUUAAUUCCUGACUUAGUUUAUUUUUGCAAAACCUUGACCUCCUUCUCCUCCGCCCCGCAUCCGCGAAGGCUUUUUAAUGGGAGGGGCGUCAAAGCUCAAAGUCUUCCUCUCUCCUCCCCCCUCCAGCUGUAAAUGCCACUUCAUGAGGGGAGGGGUGAGGGGAAGCUCUUUCCCUGCAUGCUUCUGGCUGGAGCACCUCCCUGGAGAGUGGGGGAACCGGGUUGUGGAUAGCCCCCAUGGUCCCCUGGAGAAGCCGCUGGGGCCUAGGGGUGUGAGAUAGUGUGGCGGGCGCACACUCUAUAAUACCUAUAAUAAAUCCUUUG